CCUCGUCCCAUCGCAUAAGUUCUGAACACCGCGCGCGUGCAGCCAGCCGGCCAUGGCCAGGGUAGUCGCCUACAACCCAAGGAAGCGAGGGAGGGAGGAGAGCUCUGAGCCGUGGAGGCAGCUGGCGCGGACGGCGCCCGGCACCCUCCUGCGCGUGGCCACCUCGAAGUGGGAAGGAGUCAACAAGUGCCUCAAAUCCACUCACCGGAGGCUCUACGGCUACAACGUCGUCGACAUGCUCCGGGCGAGGGACUCCGGGAACCGGCCCUCGACCCCACGCGGCCGGACCGUCGACGCCUCCCACCGCAAGGUCAAGCGCCUCGUCGCGCUCCACGACUCGGCCGGCCACGUCCUCGCGCUCUGCGCCACGCGCCUCGGCCUGCGGGAGCUGCAGGGAGGCGACGCCGACGCCGGGGCGCGGUGGCGUGCGUGGGAGAAGCACCGCGCCGUGGCGGCCGGCCACGCCGCCGAGGCGCUGCGGGGGCUGCGAUCCGCGCUGACGGACCUCACGGCGGCCGUGCGUAUCCUCCACGUGGUCUCCGGGAAGCCGCCGAAGUUUCGGGCGAGGGCGUGGGCGUGGGCGUCGGAGGCGGAUCGGCUCGUGCGCCGCGCCACGGACGAGGUCGUCGCGGCACGGCACGCGUUGCAGCGGAUGCGUCGUGCCGUCGUGCUGGAGUUCUUCGACGCCUGGGCCGGGGAGAGAAGGGGGAGGGCACGGCGCGCGGCAAUGGAGGAAUGGUGGGAGCUGGCGCGGUCGGUGCCGGGAACCCUCUUGCUCGUCGUCGACGGCACCACGACCCGGCUGCUCGUGUCCUUCGACCGCACCCACGGCAGGCUCCAGAGGGUCAUCAACCUGGCGGUCUGCCUCCGGAGCGGCGUCACGGACCACCCCAGACCCAGCGCCGGGCCCUGCCCCAGCGUGAACGUCGAGGAGACCCGCCGCGAGCUCGACCGCCUCUCCGCGCUCCACGCCGCGGCCGGGCGCGUCUUCGACCUCUGCGGCAUGUUCCUCGGGCUCCGGGCCGGCCCGCUGUGGCAGAACUGGAAAGCCCACCACGCCGCCGCGCUCGACCACGCCGCCCAGGCGCAGCACUGGCUGCGCUCCGCCGCCGCGCAUGCCCGGGCGGCGAGGGCCGCCGACCGCAUGGCCGACUCGUUUGACCGCCCGUCCCCAGCGUGGGACGCGUGGGUCGACGCGUCUCUGAGCCACGCGCGCCGCACCAUCUGGGUGGAGAUGAGGGCGCAGGCCGCGGUGCGCCGGAUGUGCGAAGCGGUUGCUCUCGAGUUCUUCGACGCGUGGAUGAUUCUGAAUCGCUGA